CCUUGUUUUGUUUUGUUUUUUUCCAAGACAGGGUUUCUCUGUAUAGCCCUGAUUGUCCUGGCACUCCUUGUGUAGACCAGGCUGGCUUCAAACUCACAAAGAUCCACCUGCUUCGAGAGUGUUGGGGUUAAACACAUGUACCACCACUGCCGUCAGCUCCCACAUUAGGAGCAUCUAUCUCCCAGUUCUAGGAGGUAUUUGAUCUCGUUUUCUGGCUUCUAUGAGCUCUGCACACAUGUAGGCAUGUGCAUACAAUCAGAUAUAUGCACUAAGUAAAUCUUAAACAACAUUAAAAAAUGAACCUGAGGGGUUGGGGAUUUAGCUCAGUGGUAGAGCGCUUGCCUAGGAAGUGCAAGGCCCUGGGUUCGGUCCCCAGCUCCGAAAAAAAGAACCAAAAAAGAAAAAAAUGAACCAAAAAAAAAAAAUGAACCUGAACGUUGUCAUGGAACAUAAUACAGCAAGGGGAGGGUACCGUUGGUGGGCCUGUGCCAAGGUGUACCCCUAAGAAAUUAUGCCAUGCAACAGAUCUGCUAUAAAAAAGGUUUAUUGGGAAAGGAAACGAAGUGGGGACCUAGGGAAGGGACAGAGGCAGACAAUUGGACAUGUAGACAGACAGAUGGACAGGGAACAGAGAGAGCCAUGCUAUGAGGGCAGAAAGAGGGGGCAGGAGAGGGCUGAGGUGGUUUUAAUCCCCAGCAUAUUGGCAGCAGUGGUGACAUAAGCAGUUGGUAGUAGGUCCCCAAGAGCAGACCAGUGGAAUUGCCUGUACACUAACAGGCAUGACAUAGAUUUCUGUGAUCUUAGUAUAUGGAGAUUGGAAGCAAGAAGAGCAGGACUUUAAGGCCAGUCUCUGAUACACAGUGAGUUUAAGGUUAGCUGGAAUCCCAGCAGACUUCUCUGAGCACAUGGUGUUGUUGAUGGUGGGUAAGGCAUUCAGCAGCAAGCCUGGCUACCUACUUCCCUGAAUUACAUCCCUGGAACUCACAUGGUGGGAGGAGAAAAUGGAUCCUGAAAGAGGUCCUCUAGCUUCUGCAUGUAUGCAUGGCACACAGCAUCCACCCUAACACAAAUAACUGUAAAAAAAUUUUUUUGAAACACAGUCACACUAUGUGGUCCUAGAUGACCUGGAACUCUCUCUUCAUAGACAUCUACAAGAGAGAUGGCUUAGACUUUGAAAGCACUUACUGCUCAAUUAUGAAGAUUGGAUGGAGUUCAGACCCUAGUACUCAGGGGGACCGGAAAGCACUGUGUUUCGGAGACCAAAAAUUUAACCUGCACGAGGUGGGAAAGGAAUUUGAUCCCAAAGCAGCCCACCCCAUUCCAGGCUCCUUGGACGUUUGUUUGAUCACAGAGACGCCCCUGGAGGAGGUGAUGAAGCGCCUUAAGGCUUUUGAUGUCCCCAUUGAAGAGGGCCCAGUCUCCAGAACAGGAGCAAAGGGGCCUAUUCUGUCCAUCUACUUCCGAGAUCCUGACAGAAAUCUCAUUGAGGUGUCUAACUAUGUCACCGCAUGAUUGAGACUGGCCUCCCUCCAUUCUGUUCUACAAAAUGUCAUCUUACUCCUAAUUUCUUACAUAUCCCCAGAGACUUCUAAAAACUGAGAACUUGGACAAAGGGGACCUAAGACAGGUUUAUGUGCAAACUUUUGUGUCUGGAGAUCCUCCAUUCAAGCUACUCCAAUACAUGACAAAUCUCUCUUGUCUCAGUUCAGUGUCUGGGGACUUGUCUAGGGCAUGAGUUCUCUGAGACUUUUGGAGGUCUGGGCUAGAGUUUGGUGUCUCUAGAGAUUAAAUUGGGGGCCAUCCUUUUGAAAUUCAA